AUGUUGUUUUACAGAAGUGUCUUCAAAUGUAUUCUCGUUCUUGCCAUCACAAAAAAUCAUUCAGUGCAAUGUGAAGUGUCUACUGGUAGCAGCACGAACAAUCAAGUACCACCAUCGUCAAGUUUACUAAAAUCGUCAUUGAUAAACGAUGACAAAGUUAUAAGCCGCCCACAAUUUGUGACGGUUAAUGAUAAUGAUAAAUUCAAUUUAGAUAAGAGUGAUAAGACGAGAGAAUUCCCUCCGUCAGCAAGAUAUAAGCGGCAAGCUGAUAGAGUAAUCAAUUAUGGAAGUGAAAAUAUUAUCAGCACUACGAAUUCAUUUCCGCGAUCCUCGGAAUGUAUUUUGUCAAGAUCGGAAUAUUAUUUGUCGUGGUGGGUGAAUGAAGAUGGUUCGUUAAGAUUACCAGGUUCAAAUCGUACUGGAAAUUCGUCAGGAUUUGCUGACUUGUCCUUGAACUUCAAUUCAGAAAGUGCGAUAGUCAAUCACAUUUCACAGAUGACAACUGACAAUCCAAAUGAUGUAAUAAAUUUUUUGAGUCUUGCGAAUAACCGACUCAGUCAACUGCCGUUUGAAGUCUUUCAAUUAGUCAAUGCUUCCCUUCAAUAUUUAUCGCUUGCCAAUAACAAUUUCCAAAAUUUGUUCACUGAACAUAAUAAAACAUUUCAGUAUUGGACAGCAUUUCCAUUGAUGAAUAAUUUAAAAGAACUCGAUUUAAGAAAUUGCAGUUUAUAUGAACUUGAAGAAGAUCUUUUUGUCAACUUACACAAUUUGGAGAAACUUUUUCUAUCAAACAAUAAUCUUGCGAGCAUUUCACCGGAAACAUUUUCGUCAUUAGAUCGUUUAAGACAUUUGGAUUUGAGUUAUAAUAAUGAGAUACAACCAAUAUCGCCAUACAAUCAAGAUCCGUUUUCUUAUUAUUUCGAAAGUGGAUUGUUGCUGCAUGAAAAUGUGUUUAAAAAUCUUGAGAAAUUAAUUUUUCUCGAUUUAUCGCACACGAAGCUUCGGAUGGAAAGUGUCAGAAGUUUAGCUGGGUUAGGAGAAAAAGUUGAACAGCUCUCGUUAUGUUACACUGAAAUACCAUUAAUCGUCGGUAACAUGUUUCAAUCGACAAAUUUGAAAGUUUUAGAUCUCUCAGGGAAUCCAACACUGACUCCAAGUCUCAACGAAACCUGGUUUGGUGGUCUCGAACCCAAAUUGGAAAUUUUGGUAAUCAGAAAUGCGAAUAUAAAGUCGCCUCUGCCGUUUAUAAAUUUAAAGAAACUUCGAAUGCUUGAUCUUGGCAAUAACAACAUCAAUGAAAUUCACUUGUCGCACUUUAUAAACUAUGAAGACUUGGAAAUUCUCGACUUGUAUAUGAACCACAUCAGCAACUGGUAUGAAAGAGUCUUUCAAGGAACAAAAUCGUUGAAAAUUAUGAAUUUACGUCACAACAACAUCAAUUUGAUUACACCGGAAAUGAUGGCUGACUUUGGUCAUAUUCGAUUUUUGGCGAUUGGAGCGAAUAAUUUUGUUUGCGAUUGUUCGUUGAGAGAUUUUAUUGAUCGUGCGGCAUUCAAUGCUUUGAUUAGUUACUGCGAGAAUAAAAGCAGAAAGAGACGAUCACUUGACUUGGAAAAGUUUUAUGACCCAAAAUAUCAUUACGAAGUAUUUCUCAGGGAAUAUCAUAACUACAUUAAAUAUGUCGAUGAAAGUUAUAAAAACAUAUUCAGAAGAUCAAGUGAAGAACAGACAACGACUUAUGAAGGUCUACAAAAUUUUGUUAACAUCCUCGCAACAUCAUCAGAUAUUUGUUAUGACUUGAAACGAGAAUCUAAAAAUUCGAAUUCCUCAAUGAACUUUGAUUUCUUGUUAAUGGAUUAUGAUUCAAGUGACUAUCAUUGCAUUCAAUCGAACGGAACAUCAAAAGCGAAAGUUAUUUUUAAUGACAUCACGCCAUGUGUUUAUAGUGAAGCGCUACCUCCAAUAUCAUCGACAUUAAUUCCAACCACCUCCAACUACACAGAUCAUGAUAAAUCUCCUGAUGAUAAUGACAACGAAGGAAAGGAAGAUGAUGACGACGAUGAUGAUUUAAAAAUCUUCAAUAAAGAACCAAAAGUUUUGCUGGUCAUUUAUCUGAGUGUUGGAAUUCCAACUUUCAUCAUUGCAAUUCUUUGGUAUUGGAAACGUCGCGACAUAAAAUAUUUCCUGGCAAUUUUUAAAAACACUUUAAUAUUAAGUCUUGAUAAAGAUGACAAAAAGUCUUUAAUGCUGAGGAAUCGAAGGAAAUCCAAUAACAAAGAUGAUCCUUACAACUAUGACGUGUUUGUGUCAUAUUCUGAUAAAGAUCGAAAUUGGGUGCUUGAUGAAUUAAUUCCAAAUCUUGAGAGACGUGCCGAGAUCAAAAUCUGCCUUCAUGAACGUGAUUUUCAAGUUGGAUUAAGCAUCCUUGAAAAUAUCAUUCAUUCAAUGGAUCAAUCACGAUGUUUAUUACUUGUGAUAUCAGAAUCUUUUCUAAAGUCCAAUUGGUGUUCAUUCGAGAUGCAUUUAGCACAGCAUAGACUUAUUGAAACAAGACGUGAACAGUUAAUUCUUGUGCUUCUUCAAGACAUUCCUAAAUCAAGACGUCCUCGAACUCUCACCUUUCUGAUGAGAACAAAAACUUACAUCAUGUGGCCGAAUGAAAACAAACCCGAACUUCGUAAUGUGUUCUGGAGACGUCUGAAGAAAGCCAUCAUUUUAAACAAUUGGGAACCUGAAAGACACAAAGCGAAACCUCGUCAUAGUAUUGUUUGA